UGGAUCCGGCUGGCCAAUCAGCGUCCAGCGAAGGCGGAGAUUUCCCUGUGAUUCUCCCACGUGACCCUCCUCACUAGUUCCCAGGCGGUCACAUCUCGGAGCUUGAGACCAUGCAUCAGAAGGCGCUGCUGUUUGUUCUGCUGGCGGCGGGCCUGCUCUGCGUCGGCCUGGUGCCCACCUGCCGGGCCCAGGACCAGAACCAGGAUGAAGACGCGGACGUGGAGGACGACCUGGACCUGGACCUGGACCUGGCCGGAACCGAGGACGACGACGAACUGGACGUGGACGAAGAAGCCCCGCCCGCACCAAAAGCCCCCGCUGCGCCCAAGGUGACCUACAAGGCUCCAGAACCAAUGGGGGAACAUUUCUUCGCCGAGUCAUUUGACCGGGGGACCCUGGACGGGUGGGUUCUGUCCAAGGCGAAGAAGGAUGACGCAGAUGAAGAGAUCGCAAAGUACGAUGGUAAAUGGGCCGUAGAGGAGAUGAAGGACACCAAGCUGCCCGGCGAUAAAGGUUUGGUCCUGAAGUCCAGAGCCAAACAUCACGCUAUUUCUGCCCCACUGCUGCGACCUUUCACCUUUGAUUCCAUGCCCCUCGUCAUCCAGUACGAGGUGAACUUCCAGUCAGGGAUCGACUGUGGCGGCGCCUACGUGAAGCUGCUGAGCGAGACGCCCGGCCUGGACCUGGACCAAUUUGUGGACAAGACGGCGUACACCAUCAUGUUCGGACCCGAUAAGUGCGGAGAAGAUUACAAGCUGCACUUCAUCUUCAGGCACAAGAACCCCAAAACCGGCCAGUACGAGGAGAAGCACGCCAAGAAACCCGACGCCGACCUGCGGUCCUACUUCACUGACAAGAAGACGCACCUGUACACCCUGGUGGUGAACGCCGACAACAGCUUUGAGGUUCUGGUGGAUCAGACCGUGGUGAACAGCGGCAACCUGCUGAAGGACGUGACGCCCCCCGUUAACCCCCCUGCUGAGAUUGAGGACCCUGACGACCACAAACCAGAGGACUGGGACGAGAGGCCAAAGAUCCAGGACCCCGACGCCGUGAAGCCCGAAGACUGGGACGAGGACGCUCCUGCUCAGAUUCCUGAUGAAGUCGCCGUGAAACCGGACGGCUGGUUGGACGAUGAGGCCGAGUACAUCGGAGACCCCGAUGCCAUCAAACCCGACGACUGGGAUGAGGACAUGGACGGAGAAUGGGAGGCACCCCAGGUCCCCAACCCCGCCUGCGAGAGCGCCCCCGGCUGCGGCCCCUGGAAGCGGCCGAUGAUCGACAACCCCAGUUACAAGGGCAAGUGGAAGCCCCCCAUGGUGGACAACCCCAACUACCAGGGGAUCUGGAAGCCGAGGAAGAUUCCCAACCCGGAUUACUUCGAGGACCUGCAGCCGUUCAAGAUGACGCCGAUCAGCGCCCUGGGGCUCGAGCUCUGGUCCAUGACCUCUGACAUCUUCUUCGACGACUUCUUCAUCACCAACGACCGCAACACGGCCGAGCGCUGGGCCGCCGACAGCUGGGGGCUGAAGAAGGCAGCAGAGGGCGCCGCUGAGCCGGGUCUGGCAGCCCAGAUGCUAACCGCUGCAGAGGAGCGACCCUGGCUCUGGAUCGUCUACGUCCUCACUGUGGCUCUUCCUCUCGUCCUCAUCAUCGUCUUCUGCUGCACGGGCAAGAGCUCCUCCGGGUCGGCUCAGGACUCGCUGAGUCUCACCAGCUUACAGGAGGAGCUGAAGGCAGCCGGACGCCUCCAGCCGGAGAAGAAGACGACGACUCCGGCAGCCGAAUACAAGAAGACAGACGAACCUCAGCCUGACGUGAAGGAGGAAGAGGAGGACGAGGAGGAAGAGGAUAAGGCUGAGGAGGCGAAGAGCAGUCCAGCUGCAGAGGACAAGAGUGAUGAAGAAGAGGCUGCUGCUGAGGAAGAGGAGGGAGAGAAGGAGGCCACGACAGAAGAGAAAGAAGACGAUAUUCUGCGUAGAUCUCCCAGGAGCAGGAGGCUCAGAAAGGACUGAUGGCUCUGAACCCUGACCUCCUGACCUCCCUCCCUCCCCCUCGUCUUCCUCCUCCUCUUCCUCCUUCCUGAGGCCACGAAGCCUGAACGGAUCCGGUAAAAGCAGCGAAGACAACAGAAAUUUGAUGACGAUUCCAGCUCGAUCCGGUUUUGGACGUUUUGUUUUAGAGCUUAACAGAGAUUCACUAAAACUUCCUGCAUCAUUCCGACCUGCAGGGGGCGAAGCUCUGUCUGCUCCUCCAAUCAGCAGACUGUUGACGGGAAGUCGGUCGCCCCGCUGGACCGGACGGGCGGCUGACCAACCGGCCCACAGAUAACCAACUACUAACCGUAGCGCUUCAGUGUUAGCCUGUUAGCUGCCUAAUGAAGCCAGAGCUUAGCGGCUGGAGGAGGCUUGAACUGGGAACACUCCGACUUUUCUCCAUGUCUGCUGUUGUCAUGUCGGCGCUAGAGCGCUAGCUGUCUGUUAGCUUCUUCCUGAAACACUGUCUGCCGCCGGUGGGUCAGACAGGAAACACCUGGAUGUUUGGCUCACCUGCCUCCUCCAGCUCAGCAACACAGAGGCUCCGCCCCCUUUCUGUAACACUUUAAAUUAAUAACUGAUUAAAUAAUUAUAAUAAAAUGUCAAUAAUAUAUCAUUAAUUUUUAAAAAUUGGAAAUAAAUGCAGCAAGGAUUAAAUAUUGACUUAUAUGUGCCUCCAUUACAUGUAUUUAAUUAUUUCAUGUUCGUGCUCUGAAGCGCAUCAUGGCUUCACUGUGGAUUUUACCAAUCACACUCAGUGGGCGGGAUUAUGGAAGCUGGGACCCUGGCGUCUGAUUGGCUGCUGCAAACAUCUUCCCAGCUAGCUCCGUCUAAGCUUGAAAUGAUUUUACUAACAAAUUGUUUAUUUACUUAUUACAAACUGGGUGAGCAACUCCUGCCCCAUAAGUGUAGUUUGGUCUGAGAUAUCGUUAAUGCGCUCGCCACAGGCCAUUAGCUGCUGUUAGCUAGCAGGCUAACGGUGAUCCUGCCUGACCACAGUGAGCUCUGCUGAAUUUAUCAGCAAUAUUUCAAACCACAGACGUAGAGGCUGCAGUUUCUCCUCCAGGGUUUGUAGUAAAUACAUUUAAAUUUAAGUUAUUUACAAAAUAUUGACCUCAGAGUCGCAGUUAACUGGACAGACGUCUUGACUUGCUGUUUGAAGGAGCCAAUCAGAUGUCGGGUUUGCCUUGAUCCCGAUGCGUUUGGCUGUUUAUUGAUGUGCUUCAGCACAGGAACAUGAAAUAAUUUAUUAAAUCAUGAAAUCUAGUUAUAAAAUCAAAUCAUCCACAUAUAAUUGAGGUACAUUUAGUUCUAUAUUUAAUAAAUUAUGCAUUUCAAGUUUUGACGUAUUUAAAUGUCAACCUCAGGUGUCCUGCAGUUUCAGCCGACUUCCAGAGGUGGUGCUAAAGUCUCUGUUGCUCAUGAGCUUCCUGUUGAUUUCAUCAUGACGUCACACACAUGACCUCUGUUUCAACCAAUCACUGCACAGCUUAAAAAUAAAACCAAAUGAGAAAAAUCCUGAUUAUCUGUCAGAAACAACAAAGUCCUGCUUGUUUCCUUAAAGGAAUCAUUUUCAGCGGGGUUCUGUGAAGUAGCUCUCGGUAGUCAGUGUGCGACCUGCAGCAGAUGCAUUAGCCUGAGCUGGCUGAUGUUUUAUUGGUUGUUCCUGUGCAGUUGAACUGGAUUUAAUGAUUUUUUACAAAGCGUUUCCUCUCUGACUCCUCUUUGCUUUUGCUUAAACUCGGAGGGACAAUAGUUUCUGAUGUUUUCUAACAGGUUUUUUUGUAGAAGUUUAAAUAUUUUGAAGUCCCAGAGGUCCUCCCCAGUCUUCAGGCUUAUAUAGAAAUCAUGGAGCAAAUGUCUAAAAAUGAUUUAAUUUCACUUUUAUUUGGUCAAACUUCUGUUUUUGUGUUUAGAAUAUGUUCUUUUCUUGUUAAAAGAUGUAAAAAUCAGGAUUUUCUUGAGGUUGAUCAUGUGAGGGGGGGGUUCACAGCCAAACAGCUUCUCGCUGGGGGUUUCUCAAGUCCCGGUGCGCGGCCUGGUUUGUGAACGCCCGCUGGGAUUGGCCGGUCCGUGGGUUGAUCUGGACGGUGAGUUUGGGGGCUGACUGUGAGCUGAACACUGUAUCUGCUGCGUUUUUACUUCCUCUGGCGGUUUGAAGCGACCGGCUGCAGAAAACCCGGCUGUGAAUGAAACACUGUGAUGAGGGGCCUGAUGUCGGUGAAGCAAAUGUUUGUUUUGAUGAAUAAAAAAGGAUCGAUGGAAAAUGA